CCGACAGGCACAACAGGAAGUGCUUGAUUUUUCCGAGCUUGUUCUCUUGUUUGUCACGCUCUAUCUCCUAUUGAGAUAAAGGUGCCAAUCCGAACAUCUUCUUUGCCUUAAAAUUCCAGGCUCUAAUGUUCAGCGACGCGUUCAUCGGACGCGGCUCUUGCGAGUACGAUAACAGGUACCCUUCCAACACCAAAUCGUGCUGACAUGAAUAAUCCGGUCAUUUUUCUGGCAUCGGCCUCCUUCAAUUUAUUUGUCGUCUAAAGCGAUCCCAUUCGUUCAAGAAUCUUUGAUACAUCAGGCCGAGGGCAGUGACUAGUCUUGAUCGACCCGAAUACCUCAAGAAUGGUCUCUCGAUCAUCCGAAGCGCUUGAGGGGCCACCUCUGCCUUCCAGACAACCAGGGACGCCGGCCAAAGCACGACUGACAAGACUGGGAUCCAGCCCGGCAAAGCGAGAAGACAAAGGCAAAGACGGCAGAAUGAUCAAAUCGUCGGCGAAAGAUGUUGCUGAGCUCAAGGAUUUUCAACUGGGUGACUGCUUGGGCAAGGGCGCGUUUGGCUCAGUCUAUAGAGCUCUUAAUUGGAAUACAGGAGAAACCGUUGCUGUCAAGCAGAUAAAAUUGGCAGACUUACCGAAGAGCGAACUACGGGUUAUCAUGCUAGAAAUUGAUCUCUUGAAAAAUCUAGAUCAUCCUAACAUCGUCAAAUACCAAGGUUUUGUGAAAUCCGCAGAGACUCUGAACAUCAUACUUGAAUAUUGCGAAAAUGGAUCUCUACAUUCGAUUGCAAAAAAUUUUGGUCGCUUUCCGGAGAAUUUAGUAGGCCUGUAUAUGUCUCAGGUGCUGCACGGCCUUCUGUACCUGCAUGAGCAAGGUGUCAUACAUAGAGAUAUCAAAGGAGCCAACAUUCUCACUACAAAAGAGGGUCUCGUCAAGCUUGCUGAUUUUGGUGUGGCCAGCCGGACCACGGGGCUCAGCGAAUCCAGCGUUGUUGGUACUCCUUACUGGAUGGCUCCUGAAGUGAUCGAGCUAUCCGGUGCAACCACGUCGUCUGACAUCUGGAGUCUUGGAUGCACUGUCAUUGAGCUUUUGGAAGGAAAGCCGCCAUAUUAUAAUCUCCAGCCCAUGCCAGCCCUGUUCCGCAUUGUCAAUGAUGAUCACCCACCUCUCCCACAAGGAGCUUCGCCGGCUGUCAAGGAUUUCCUGAUGCAAUGCUUUCAGAAAGAUCCCAAUCUGCGUGUAUCAGCAAGGAAGCUUUUAAAGCAUCCCUGGAUUGUCAAUGCGCGCAGGACAGACUCAGUAGUACCUAAGAAGUCCACGGAAUACGAGGAAGCCGUUAAGAGUGUGCAAGAAUGGAACGAAGCUCUUCGUUCCCCUGAGACGGGCACGUUGCGUAAGCCUUUCAGGUUCGACAGACAAGGCUCUAUUUCGUUCCGUCCAGAGCUCGGCCCAUCUCGAUAUGCGCCAACGACAGACACGCUCCCAAGUCCUGUUUCGAAACAUGUGAACCAGUACCGAUCUUCUGAGUCUACAGAGGAGGACAACUGGGAUGACGACUUCGCGACAGCAAUAUCCCCAAGCGCGCUACAGCUGCCACAUCUUCGACCGCAGGACAAUUUCGGUGGAAUGUUGUCAUCUGAAAAGCUGAAAGCCUUCGCGUCGCUUGACGGAACAAUGCUCAAGUCCGAUGACGUAUUCUCGGAUUUUGACGAUUCUUCUUCCCUGAAUCACUUCGGCGAGGCGGACCCUCUGCAGACUAUUCGACCUUUUGCUUUAAAGCAUUCAGGAAUCGAGGGAACUCCAAGUCAGCCAAAGACCACCAUAGCUUCCAUUCAACACAAUGUGCCAAUUCUCAAGACACCGGUUCCACCCUUGAAGUCCCAGCGACCGACUUCCUUCUUCAAGGAAAACUCGGUCGAGGAUUAUUCCGACCUCAUUAACGCCAACGAGGAUGUUUUGGACCACAAGCUUGGCGCGUUUCAGGAAACCGACGAAGAAACAAUCACGCCAGUAUCAUCAUCGAAAGAAUUAGUCAGAUACCAAGAAUCGCCUGAACGCGAAGAUCACGAACCACAACUGCGGAAGCGAAUAUCAGUCAAGCGCACACGAUCCGAUAUAGAGAUUCAGCGCUAUGCUGAGAACGAGCGCGAUGAAGAUUUCUCUGACAUCCUGGGUGCCGAUGAGGUUGCUUUAGACAGACCGCAGAACAAUAACAACUCUAACCAGAGCACAUUGAGACUCAAUUCCAAGUUGUCUAACAACUCGUGGCUUGGAGAUCAGGAUGACGAAGAUGAUCCUUUUGCGCAGCUCGAAGAGGGACUUGAUGAAAUGGACUUGGAGGCCAACAUCGCGCGUGACAAGUAUGCACGGCUUAAAAGUCAGGUUGAGGGGCUUGUGAGCUCUCUGAAGACGUCUCAAGACGAAGACGUGCUUGGGGAAAUUUCCGAACAGUUGUUGACGGUGUUUUGUGACCUACCCGAAACAAAAAACAUCAUUAUCAGCGCUCAUGGGAUGCUGCCGAUCCUGGAGAUACUGGACAUAUGCCGUCGGCGCGACAUUAUUCUCUGCCUAUUGCGCAUCGUUAAUGCAAUCAUUUUCAAUGAUUAUGAGAUUCAGGAGAACCUCUGCUUCGUGGGCGGGAUCCCCAUAAUCAACGAGUUCGCCGCCAAGAAGUAUCCCAGGGAGAUUCGACUUGAAGCGGCUGCAUUUGUGCAGCAAAUGUAUCAAACCUCAACACUCACCUUGCAAAUGUUUGUCAGUGCUGGUGGUCUCAAUGUCCUGGUUGAGUUUUUGGAAGACGACUAUGAAGAUGAACGUGACUUGGUCCUCAUUGGAGUCAAUGGAAUCUGGAGUGUCUUCGAGUUGCAGGGCUCGACCCCCAAGAAUGACUUUUGCAGGAUCUUAUCGCGUAAUUCAGUCCUGGAUCCCUUGUCGCUUGUUCUCAGUCGCGUGUUAGAUGAAGAAGGCGAUCUCGCUGAGAUCGUCGAGGGUCGGAUUGCAAACAUCUUCUUCAUAUUCUCGCAGGCCGAGAAUCAUGUGAAGGAGAUGGUCGCAGAGCGAACGGUGUUGCAUAGAGUACUGAAGGAAUUGAGACGGAUGACACCCGUACACCAAAUCACUAUGCUAAAGUUCAUCAAAAACUUGUCAAUGCUCUCCACAACGCUCGAUGCGCUUCAGAACUCGAAUGCCAUUGAUGUUCUUACCGAUUUGUUGCGGUCUACCAUCAAACGCCCACAUUUCCGCGAAGUCUCCAAUCAAAUUCUCAAUACCAUAUACAAUAUGUGUCGCCUAAACAAGUCUCGCCAAGAAGAUGCAGCCUUGAACGGCAUUGUGCCACUUCUCCAGAAGAUUGUGAAAACUGAACGGCCUUUGAAGGAGUUUGCCUUACCUAUUCUGUGCGAUAUGGCACAUUCUGGAAAGGUCGGUCGCCGUGAGCUAUGGCGUAACAAGGGUCUUGCAUUCUACAUAUCUUUACUGUCAGACCCUUACUGGCAGGUCACAGCUCUUGAUGCUAUUUUCAACUGGCUCCAAGAAGAGACCGCAAAGGUCGAGGAGCAUCUCCUUGAUAACCGUUAUGAACGAGUUUCCUUCACAGAUUCUAUUGUCAGGUGCUUGACUGUCUCCAAGGCAAACGCAUUCGAGAAUCUCCUCGAGCCAUUUCAGAAGUUACUCAGAUUAAGCCCGCCAAUUGCAUCAACUUUCGCAAGAUCCGACAUAUUCACCAAACUUGGACAAAAAUUGCAUCACAAUAAAGCUGCGGUACGGCUAAAUCUGCUACGCAUCAUAUCAAGCAUCUGCGACUCAAGUGAGGAGCAAGGGGGCCUGCUUGCCAGAUAUGGACUUCUGGACGCAAUUCGAGAGCUUGAACAUGACCCAGCGAUCUUGGUCAGAGACAUGGCCGGCAAGCUGAUACAGUCAAAUGAGAAAAGUGAAUCGUAUCACAUGGAGAAGCGCAAACCAGGCGUUAGACGGCGCAGUAAUUCGACCACCCCACCGAGUCUCCUUGCAAAUCAAUCAGCUCCGGCUACUCCACAGGUGAAUCGGUUCAGCCAGUCCAAAGCUUACUUCGAAGGCCGAGAGAGCCAGCGCCCCUCGCGGAAUGCUCUCAGUAGCUCAGCACUGGCCCUAAGACCUGGAAGUCGAGAUGGGCCAAGCUCGAGCCUUACUGCGGGAGUGAACCCCGUCUCCGGAGCCUCGAGGAACAGAUUGUCCCGAGGCGUCGGUAACCGACUAUCACAGGUCGACUUCCUGACUGAAGAAGAGCUCAGACCUGCAAGCUCACUAUCGCGCCGUCGCUCAAUUUUACCGCAGCGCCGACGUCCUACACAUACUGAUGCAGAUUGGACGUCUAAAGCCCCUUGACCUAACGCGACUAAGUCGAUCUGUGCCAUACCAGCUCUACCGUCAGAGGGUAUCAAAGACUCAAAAAAAAA